GAAGACUUAUGUCUUGUUUGAAUGGGCAUAGUACAGACAACAUAAUGUUUAAAAUACUUAAAGAGUCAUGUGGGUUUUGUUCUUCUCCAUUAGAUCCAUAAGAUGGAGGCUGCCAACCCACCCAUGCAGGGAUCUUUUGUGGAAAGGACUUUCCCACUGGAGUUAUCCAAAGGAGCAGAACUGGACAAGUCUAGUUUUUGACAGGGAGCUGAAAACCAACAUCAGAGAUUCAGACUGUUGCUUUUAUUUCUUUAUACAGUUAACAAGCUUUUUUUCCCCAGGUGAAUGAAGCUCUGAAAGAAAGCCUUCUCCAUUUAUAAAAUAUUUUAAAUAGGGAAGGUCUAUGUGUGUGCACAGAAGGUCUGCCUUGGGAAAUGUCCGGUGUCUCCAACUACGCGCUACGAAUGGCCCGCCUGAGCGCUCAGAUAUUUGGAGAAAUGGCCAGGCCAACUGACAGCAAGUCUAUGAAAGUGGUGAAGUUAUUCAGUGAGCAGCCGUUGGCCAAGCGGAAGGAGGUCUACAGCUGGUAUCCUCCUCACAACACCUACUACGCCCUCAUGAAGAAGCUCCGCUACUUUGGCCUUUACAGAGAUGAGCAUCAAGACUUUAAAGAGGAGAUGAGACGGUUGAAAAAGCUUCGCGGGAAGGAAAAACCAAAGAAAGGGGAAGGAAAGAGAGCUCUCAAGAAGAAAUAACAUCACUUCAACAAACUAGGGAACUGCUCUGCAGAUGCUGGGGAAGAGCUGUAACUCCGGCUGUCUGCUCCUAGCUGGAGAGGGCUUGGCAUGUGAGCUGUGUGUGGGAGGUGGAGAAACGCUGUAAAAUGAUGGAUUCCACCUUGGGAGUGCACUUGGAUCUGUGUGGUUUUAUUGCUUUGCAGCAUGUUGAAUUGUCACGAGAGCCCUCUCUUACUUAAGUUGUAACAACAACAGCAAAAAAUAAAAGCGA